UACCUUAAACUAACAUUCACAUCUCAUAAUAAGUACACAAAACACUAUAAGUUCUUGUAGUGCAGCUUCCUAAAACAAAUUCACUUAAACCUUUUUGUUAUACUUUUUAUUAGUUCAUCACCAAAUCUAUUAGGUAGUUAAUUAGUAGGGCGCAUUGAACAAAUGGGUAGCACCAAGGCCAUUGGUGUCACAUUCUUGAUUUUGCUGCUUGUGGACCUUUCCUUAGCUGCUAGAUCAUUGAAGGCAACUAAAGGUAGAGGUGGAGGAGGAGGUGGUGGUGGUGGUCGAGGUGGUGGCGGCGGUGGUGGUGCCGAUGCCCUCGGGUCGGGGUAUGGUUCGGGGUAUGGCUCUGGAAGUGGUUCGGGAUAUGGUAGCGGGGGAGGAAAAGCUGGUGGUGGUGGAGGAGGAGGAGGUGGCGGCGGUGGAGGUGGAGGUGGGGAAGGAGGAGCUAAUGGUUCUGGGUCGGGUAGUGGAUAUGGAUCCGGAUAUGGUAGCGGGUCGGGUUACGGAAGUGGGGGUGGGAAUGGAGGUGGUGGAGGUGGUGGUGGCGGCAGAGGAGGAGGUGGAGGUGGAGGCUCAGGAAUAGGAGGUGGGUCUGGUUAUGGAAGUGGGAGUGGAUAUGGAAGUGGAGGCGGUAGAGGUGGUAGCGGCGGUGGAGGUGGUGGUGGAGGCGGCGGCGGAGGUGGGGGUGGUGGUGGUAGAUCAGGAAAUGGUUCGGGCUAUGGUAGUGGUUCGGGUUAUGGUGAAGGAUAUGGUUCCGGAUAUGGUGAAGGAGACAAUGGUGAUUUUUCUCCAUGAAACACAAAUAAUAAAACCUUAUAGUUUGUCUUUCUUUUUAGGCAUAGCUAGCCAUUAUUAUUAUUCAAAUGUUAGUGAAAAUAAAGGUGCAGCAAUUGAUUAAAUCACCAUCAAGUUUAUGCAUGUGGAGCAUAUAAUAAUCUUAGGCGGUGUAACAACGUUGCUUGCAUGGGGUUUGUAUACGUGCAUGUGUUGUAUUUUGGUAUAUUACAAAUUCUUACUCUGCUGUAUUAUUAUAAUCAUCGUACAAAUUAUUGGAAUAAAAUAUAUUUGACACCGAAAAAA